CACCAACAAACCGGGAACUCUGCUUGUUCCAAACGACGCUGAUGUUGUUGUCCAAAAGCAAAAGGAAAAGACCGCUUCCUCAAAAAUAUUUUUGGAGCUCCCAUGGUUUUAACACAUGCCGCACCCCUCCACCAGAGCUGAGCUCUAACCAAUCACCUCUCUCUCUGAUAGGAACCCUCCACGCUUAUCUAAAGAACCAACUCUUGGCAUGACGAAGUGUUGGAACCCGCAAGCCAGCAGCCGCAUCGGUUUUUUUGUUUGCCAGAAACCAACAUCCAUGCAAGCCUCUUGAACCCUCCUCUUUUGACAUUCCCAUAUCGCGAUACCAUCAACCGACCCCUUCUCCUUCUUAACCCCAUCACAACCAACCCCCAAAUACCACCCAAAAUGUUCGGAUUCGGCCAACCCAAGCUCUCCUCCGAGGAGAAGAUCGCCGCCGUCGAGAACGAGAUCAAGGUCAUGACCGAGAUGCAGACCCGCAUGGCCAAGAUCUGCUCCCAAAAAUGCCUCGACUCUACAUACCGGGAAGGCGAGCUCUCCAAGGGCGAGGCCUCGUGCCUCGACCGGUGCAGUGCCAAGUUCUUCGAGGCGCACACCACCAUCUCGGAGCAACUCCAAAAGGAGCAGGCCGCCAAGGGUGGCAUGAUGGGGCGGUAAAUAGUAGGAGAAGGAAAAGGGAGCUUGUAAGAGUAUGGAGGUCGUCGACAGCAUAAAAAUAUUUGGCGAGGGGGAUUAGAGCUUAUGGGAAUGGGAUACCACUUAUGAAUGCCGUUUCAAUGGGGAGAGCAGGAUUCUCGUAAACGUGGGAGUGUACAUUAUGACCGAAUGGAUGGAUUACUAGGGGUUGGUUGGGUCCGGCGUGUCCAGAUUAUAGAGGGGU